GUACAGUAGGUAGAUCCGCGUCUUCGCGUCAUUUGAUUUCCAUUGAGGGUGGUGGGGCUCCGCCGAGGUAUGGGCUCCUGUUCAGCAAUGGAAGAUCAAUCAUCUCCUAUUGCUGGAAAUGCAGAGACUCCGCCGGUAAUCCACGUCCAGAGCUGCUCUACAGCGGAUGCGGCAAGUCAGCAACGAGUUGGUAAUGGUACUGAUGGAGAAGGUGGUAUAGUCGCAACUGGAAUGGGCUGCUCAGAACCUGGAGGCGCUGUAGAAGGGGCGCCUGGCGCGGGUGAAUUCGCAGAAGGGGUCAGGGAAGAUGGGCAGAAUGGAGCGGACGAAGAAGCAAAAGACGGAGUACCAAAAGAGGUUGUUGAGUCUGCAGAUAAGUCGGAAAGAUCAAAAUUCAAGAAGCGCAAAGUGGCGCUCUUCUUUGCUUACAUUGGCGCGGGGUAUCAGGGCAUGCAGCGGAACCCUGGAGCGAAGACGAUUGAGGCGGAGCUGGAGUUGGCGCUCUACAAGGCGGGGGCAAUCACCAAGGACAAUUUUGGGGACCCUAAGAAGGUGCACUGGAUGAGGUCUGCGCGUACGGACAAGGGCGUGAGCGCCGUGGGUCAGGUUGUGUCUGGCAAGUUCAUCCUCGAACCCCCCGGUCUGGUGGAGCGCAUCAACGCCGCCCUCCCCGAGAAGAUUCGGUGCUUCGGUUUCCGACGCGUCACGGCGGGCUUCGACGCCCGCACGCACUGCGAUAGAAGGAAGUACGAGUAUGUUAUUCCGAGUUUUGCGCUGGACCCUGAAGCGUACCGAGAACGGGACUACUACAACCUGCGCUCGGCCAGGAAGGAGAUUGAAGAUGCCAGGCUGGCGGCCGCAAACGGGGGGGUCAAACCAGAGUCCGCAGACGGGGGGGUCAAAGUGGAAGCUGCGAACGGGGGUGUAAAGACAGAGGCAGCGAAUGGGGAGGUCAAAAGAGAGGCUGCAUCGGAAGACGCUACUAGUGUUGGACCUUCGGUGGUUAAGACGGAACUUGGAGAAAGCAAAGCGGGCACGAUGCAAGGGGAGUCCAUGGACUUUGGAAGACCAGGGGAAGAAGAACCGGGCACUUCUGAGGGGGGUCUGGAGAAGAGAGAGUUCAAGGGGGGCACCGGGGAGCCGUGUGCGAAACGGGUUAAGCUUGAACAUGGUUUGGAGGGGGGCUUGGGAGCAGUGGUCGGAGGAAAAGCAUUGCUAGACAGGGUCAAAUCGGAGCCUGGUUCUGAUGAGGGUUCGGAGGAGAAGCCGCCUUCAGAACGGGUCAAGUUCGAGCCAGGUUUUAAAAAGGGUUCGGAUACAAAACCGGGGGUUGCAUCUCAAGGACUCGCCGUAAGUGGAGCUGUUUCGGAGCAGAGCGAUCGAAAACCUGGCGGCGAAGUAGAAGCAGGAUUAGCAGGGGUAGAACGGUUCUUGAUUCCAAAAACGGAUGCGACAGAUGGGGGGGACCAAGACCAAGAGAGGAAGCCCUUCAAAUACACCCCCGCUGUGCAGAAACGGCUCAACGCGUUGCUUGCGAAGUAUACUGGGACGCACAACUUCCACAACUUCACAACACGGGUCAAGGCCAACGAUGGGCAGGCGCAGCGUUACAUGAUCUCGUUCACCGCGGGUCCCCCCUUUAUGAUCGACGGCGCAGAGCACGUGCGGCUGACAGUAGUGGGGCAGAGCUUCAUGCUGCACCAGAUCCGCAAGAUGGUCGGCCUCGUGCUCGCGGUCGCGCGCAACGUCAUCUCGGAGGACGUCAUCGACUACGCGCUUCGCAAAGACACGGAGUUCCUGGUGCCGGUCGCCCCCGAGCUUGGCCUGUUUCUGGACGAGUGCAUGUUUGGGGCGUACAACAAGCGCUUCGGGUACGACCACCAGGAGCUCUCCAUGCGCGACUUUAAACAGCAGGUGGCAGAGUUCAAGGAGAAGUACGUUUACAAGCACAUUGCACAGACGGAAAAGGACGACGGGAUCAUGGCCACGUGGCUCAAGACGCUGAACGAGAAGAACUACAGGGACUUUGCGGCGGCGAAUGCGCGGGCGGUGGAGCAGGAGGAUGCCGAAAUGGGCGACGAAGCUUGAUCAAAAUUCGGGCGCAGUUGUCACCUGGCUUAACUUCAGACUUAGUCGACAUUCAUGCCUGCGGUGACGGGAGUACGUGAUGAUUUGUUGACUCCGUCCUCACGUUUCGAAACCUCAUGCGACCAUGCGAAGGGCACUCGUUGGCAGCUGCGGAAUGUGUUGCAGAUUGAUUGUUGGCCUACAAACCUAUGGGUCAUGCGGAGUGCCCGUUCUGCUAAGUUUGUGUCAAACACUUGAUGCGCCCAUCCAAUCCUGAGCUUGUUUCACGAAGGUCAGGCCGUUGCUGGCUGACUACUACUCCGAGUUUGGCGGUCGCUUGAGCUUGCAAGAGCUCUUGGCCCACUUAUACGAGGUACGAAUACAUAAAUGGUAGCUAGU